AUGACAAUAGCGCGUACUACAUGGUUGUCAGGACUUAACUUGGGAAUCUUAGGUAACCCAGGUGUUGGCAAGAAUACUUUUGUUCAAUCUUUCUUUAAUUCACCAAUUGAUCGAGCAAACAUUUCAACUGAAAUAUAUAUUGUGAAUCAACUCGAUAACCAUGUUAAAUGGAACUAUCAAUUUUGUAAUCUUCAAACAAAGUUCAAUCUUAGAUUUAAUACUUAUUCAAAUCCAUCUGACGACUCUGAUGAUAUUCAAUCUAGGACUAUCCGUGAAAUGCUUAGUAGCGCAUUCUUUUGUAAUUUAAACAUAAUUUUUAUAUUGUUUGAUGUCACCAAUCUACAAUCAUUUGAAAGUCUGAUGUAUUGGUAUGAUGAAGCAAAGAAGUACUGCAGCACACUCAAGUUCGAGACAGUUGUAAUCGUCGGAACAAAAAGAGAUUUGGUCAAUCAAAGAAAGGUGACAAGAGAACAAGCAAACGGGUUUGCACUUGGUCUUGGUUUUUCUUACUUUGAAAUUGGUAAAGAUGAUGAUGAUGAUGAUGAUGAUACUUGUAUCGAUAGAGUAUAUAGUAUAAUAGCAAGACAUUUAAAUGAUAAAGUUUGCAAGGAUUUUAGAACCAGAGAAAAAUUUUUAUAUUUAGAUUUGGAUUCUAUCAUUUCUUCAUCACCAUUUCUUCUUCCUCCUCCUAAAACAACAACAACAACAACAACAAAAGAUCAAUUAUUUUAUUUUGUUUUUAGAUCAAUGACCAUUCGAAACAAUAUAUUUAAACAAAUUACAAAGAUACAUUCAGAUUUAAAUGUACAAGUUGCUCGAGGCAUUGGGAUUCCAAACAUUACAUUUUGGUGUUCUAAUCGAUAUAUCAAUGUUUUGAAAUACUAUCAAAAAACAAAACUACCAAUAGAGAUUAAUAAUAUUCCUAAAUUAACAUCGAUUCUUAGAAUGCCAAAUAACUUGGAGUUGUUACAAUACAUUUUAGAAAAUAUCGGUAGAAAUCUAAAUCAAAAAGAAAAAAAUCAGAUAAUGAAUGAGGUAAUGGUUGGAGGUGAUUUAUCAAUGAUUCAAUACCUUUACAGUCAAGAGUAUUAUUGGACAUUUGAAGGAUUAUGGAUGGCCAUUGCAUUCAACCAUAUAGAUAGUGUAGAAUUCAUCAUUGAAAAGUCUGGUGAUGUAAGGAUAAAAGAGUGGUUUGAUUUGACUAAUCAAUCUCUAGAAAUGUGUAUUGGUGUUGCCAAAUCAUACAAUAGAAAAGAAAUUGAAAAUGAAUUAAAAAAGAAACAAUCUUUGGCAUUUAAAUUAUCAAAUAUGUUUCAAAAAUUAAGAUAUUAA